CGAGACGAUAACCGUCGGAAGUCCCUUCCCUGCUCCACUCUUCCGUCUUAGGGUUUUCUUCGCCUCCGCCGCCUCUUCGUGGUCUUCCACCUGAUUCUUGGGUUCCUGACCGGCUGAACGUCGCCCUUCGAGUCGUGAUCGGUCGCCGGUCUCCGGUCCAAGCAAGGCGGACGCAACCCUCCUCUCGUCGGCCGACGGCGGUGCAUCGAUCAGGCAAUGGCGACAUUUGAAUUAUACCGGAGGUCCUCAAUUGGCAUGUGCUUGACAGAAACCCUAGAUGAGAUGGUCUCUAAUGGGACUUUGAGCCCAGACCUUGCUAUCCAAGUACUGGUGCAGUUUGAUAAGUCAAUGACGGAGGCCUUGGAAACCCAAGUGAAGAGCAAGGUUACUGUCAAGGGACACCUGCACACCUACAGGUUCUGUGACAAUGUGUGGACCUUCAUAUUACAAGAUGCAACAUUCAAGAAUGAGGAACGUCAGGAUCAAGUUGGGAGAGUGAAGAUUGUAGCUUGCGACUCCAAGUUGCUUACUCAAUGAGUGCCCUACAUGUUAGCUUUGUUUAUUACAGAGCAUAUGGAUGGUAUACCUCUCUUGCUUUUGGAUUCGCAUUUACCAAUCCUGCAGCCGAAUAACUAAUAUACUUGGGGCAUGUUUCUUACAUGCAUUUGACCACGGAUAUCUGCAGGAAUCUAAGUAAUUGCACUGUCUUUGAAUGCAUCUUUUGCAUGAUUACUCAAAAUGUGUUGGGGCCCUAUCUAGGCGUUCGCUGACCAAGGUCGGCUGAACAUAUGCAUGGAGGGAGAGUAGUGGGUUUAUGGCAAUGGCAGUGGUUUAGGUAUCGGCCUAUACCCAUGGUUGUACCUGCUGGACCUUAACCUAGUUCUCCAUUGGUUUGAUCUCAUGAAUAACAAAAUUUAAUUAAGACCAUAGCUACACUAUUUUGCAA